UCCAAGAUCUUUACCGUCAUGGCGCAGGCGAGGGGAUACCACGGACAACGAGACGAGCAAAGUGGACUAAGUUAAAAUAAGGAAAAGACAACAUUUGUAUUGCGUAUUGGACGCCCGCUGAUCAAACAAUCAUUUCUCUUGUUGUAUUGGCUUGCGGCUGACCCGCCACCAUGAUGUCAGACGCCAGUGAGAUGUUGGCCGCCGCACUGGAGCAGAUGGAUGGCAUCAUCGCAGGCUCCAAGGCGCUGGACUACUCCAAUGGUAUGUUUGAUUGCCAGUCCCCGACGUCUCCCUUCAUGGGGGGCCUGAGGGCACUGCACCUCCUGGAGGACCUGCGGGGGGUGCUGGAGAUGAUGGAUAUGGAGGAAAGGGAGGGACUACGCUGCCAGAUCCCCGACUCCACUGCAGACAGCCUGGUGGAGUGGCUCGGAGGACCACUGACCAACGGCCACAUCCCCAUGAGUGCCGACCUUUACCAGGACAGACUUGCUCGUUUCGAGAGUGACAAAGAAUCCCUUGUACUUCAGGUGAGUGUGCUGACAGACCAGGUGGAAGCACAGGGGGAGAAGAUCCGUGACCUCGACCUGUGCCUAGACGAGCACCGUGACAAGCUCAACACCACAGAAGAGAUGCUGCAACAGGAGCUGCUGUGCCGGUCAGCGUUGGAGACCCAGAAGCUGGACCUGAUGACGGAGAUCUCCACCCUGAAGCUGAAGCUGGGCUCCAUGGAGAAGGACCGCCUGGACUACGACGAGCAGUUCAGAGACGGAGAGACUUUAAUCCUGGAGAUCAAUGAGCUGAGGUACAGGGUGUCUGAGAUGGAGGGCGAGAGGAUGCAGUACGAGAAGAAGCUCAAGUCAACAAAGUCGCUAAUGGCUAAGCUGUCUAGCCUGAAAAUCAAAAUGGGCCAGAUGCAGUAUGAGAAACAGAGGAAGGAACACAAAAUCGAGGCACUAAAGGAGGAGCUGCUGGUGCUGAGGCAGCAUCUGGAUGGGAGAGAUGGUGAACUGAGGAGGCUACAGGAUGAGACGGGCUCCAGAUCAACUACGCCUGCUGGAGCAGACGGUAUAGAAAGAGUCUCCCUCACAGAGGAAACUUAUAAAAAGAGGCUGAAAGAGAAACAUGUGGAAGUGCAGAGGAUGAAGAAGGCAAUGGAGUCGUUAAUGGCGGCCAAUGAAGAGAAGGACCGCAAGAUUGAGGACCUUCGUCAGUCACUAGCGCGGUAUAAGAAAGUGCAGGAAAUGGUCAUGUCAGUACAAGGUAAAAAAGAGAAAGUGAGAGAUGGAGAGAGUGAUGGGAACCACAGUGACAGCUCGGGCUCGGUGUCAACGGCCCUUUCGAUCGCCAUGGAAGCAGAGAAGCUGGCUCUGGCCGGCCUGGAGGAGGUGGCAGCGGCAGGGCUGGCUCAGGACGAGGAGUCGUCGCUCACGCCAACUCCACCCAUCAGGCCAGAGCCCUCACAGAGCCUGGAACAGGAGGCCCCACAGCCAGAGAUUUCCUCUGAACCGCUCACAUCUGGCAGUCAGGAGCACCUGGAUGGGAGUGCGAGUGCGAGUGAGAGGAGGCCGUUGGCUGUGCAGGACAGGCCAUCGGAGGCAAACGACAGCCUGUUUCUUCUUCUCAAGAGCAAAGCUCAGGAGGAGAUGAACAAGAUCACCUGUCUGCCCCCCAAGUCUCCCCCCACCACCCGUAAGACCCCCUCGGCCACCGCGGAGGAGGAGCCAGGCAGCUUUGGCACCAAGAAGGCACGCUCCUCUUUCGGCCGCGGCUUCUUCAAGGUCAAAGGAGGCAAGAGGACGUCCAGCACCCCCAACCUGGACCGCGGGCGAAGUGCGAGCGCCCCCAUGCUAGCGGAGACGGAGCGGGAGGGCACAGACCACCUGGACCUGGCUGGGAUGCCCCAGCGCUCGGCAGACGGCGACAGCACAAACACACUGUCCACUACGCCAGACGGCAAGAAGAAGUCAAAGGGAAUCAAGGCUUUGUUUGGAAAGCUGCGAAGGAGCCAGUCGACCUCCUUCAACCUGGACGACAACCUGCCUGAAGGGGAGUUCAAGAGGGGAGGCGUGCGGGCCACAGCGGGACCCCGGCUGGGAUGGUCACGGGACCUCCAAACCACCAAGGGUGAGCUGGACACACCGUUUGCGCGCUGGAGUCGAGAGCAGGUGUGUGAGUGGCUGCAGGAGCAGGGUCUGGGGCUGUACGUGAGCCUGGCACGCCAAUGGAUAUCCUCAGGACAGACACUACUGCAGGCCUCACAGCACGAUCUAGAGAAGGAGCUGGGUAUAAAGCAUCCUCUGCAUAGGAAGAAGCUGCAGCUGGCCCUCCAGGCCCUGGGCUCAGAAGAGGAGGACAACAAGGGGAAGCUGGACUACCACUGGGUUACUAGGUGGCUGGAUGACAUUGGGCUGCCCCAGUACAAGAGCCAGUUUGAUGAGGCCAGAGUGGACGGCCGAAUGCUACACUACAUGACUGUGGAUGACCUGCUGUCUUUGAAGGUGGGCAGUGUGCUGCAUCACCUGAGCAUCAAGAGGGCCAUCCAGGUGCUGCGCCUCAACAGCUAUGAGCCCAACUGCCUGAGAAGAAGACCCUCAGAUGAGAGCAACAUCAGCCCUGCGGAGAUCUCCCAGUGGACCAACCACCGGGUGAUGGAGUGGCUGCGGUCAGUGGACCUGGCGGAGUACGCGCCCAACCUCAGGGGCAGCGGCGUGCACGGGGGGCUAAUGGUCCUGGAGCCGCGCUUCAACGUGGAGACCAUGGCCCUGCUGCUGAACAUCCCCCCCAACAAGACGCUGCUGCGGAGGCACCUGGCCACACACUUUACCCUGCUGGUGGGCACCGAGGCCCAGCAGUCCAAGCAGGAGUGCGUGGAGCACCCCGACUACACACUGCUCACGGCCACCGCCAAGGUCAAGCCCAGGAAGCUUGGCUUUGGCACGCUGCGUAAGAAGAAGCAGGAGGAGCGUGAGGAGUAUGUGUGCCCCAUGGACGUGGAGAUGCCCAAGGGCCGUAGCUUCCAGAAGGGCUACCGGGGGAUGGAGCUGCAGAUAUACGAGGACGACCUGGACCGCCUAGAACAGAUGGAGGACUCUGAAGGCACAGUCAGGCAAAUAGGAGCUUUCUCCGAGGGAAUCAAUAACCUGACGAGCAUGUUGAAAGACGAUGAGUUUUUCAAAGAGAUCUCGAGCUCCCCCAACCCCAGCGUGACUGACGACGACUCAAAUGUGUGAGGAGAGCCGGGGCCGGGGUAGGGAAGGGGUGAUCACCCGGGCACCCACACCUCUUAAUGAUGCUGCUGUGAUGACCGUGCCAAACCUGUGCCAACAUGGACCCUCACCUCUCCCUCAAAUCGAGCCUAGUACCAACCCCCCUCUCCCUUCAAGCCAGUGCCAGUCUGCAUUGCACCCUCCCCCUUCCUCCCUCUCAGCAUCCUCUACAAAGCUCAAUAACUUGCUGUGUGAUCAGCACCACCUCGCCUCUGUGUCACACUAAGGCCAUGAUGUCAGCAUUCAUAUCAUGUAGCACAGCAUCACUCCUUGUUCUCAGUGUUUCCAUGCCAACUAAGAGUCGCCCAUUUUAACUAAAAUGCAUUUCAGAUGUCUGUGUAUUUAACCGUACCGGUCCAACAACCUCUGAUUCCAUUUAAUGUGUUAAAAAAAUGUGAGUCUUCUCCUUGCAUUUCACCUACCUACGUACCAGCUGGUUCCUGGAAAUAUUUUUUAUUAUGGCAUUUUUUUACUAUUAAAAAUUCUACAUCUAUAGCCCCAUUUUUAUAACCCCAAUAGCACAAUGACACUUUUUGUCUGUCUGAUCUGAAUAUUGGUGGAGUAUCAAAACUGAUUUUAUAGAAAAGGGUCAGAUUUUUUUUAAAGAAUUAAGAACCGUUUUUAUGGUUAUUGUGCUACUGAAAUUUGCAUCUUUUGUGAGUCUAAUGCCAAAACGUCAUGUGUGUCUGCCUUAUUUGGGAAAUGCUGCUUUGGAAGCUCGACAUAAUGCAUACCUCUGCAUGCAUUCUCACCAAACAUACCCAACAUGUUACCCAUCAUGGCGAAGCCCACUGCCUGGUUGCAAAGUGUCAUUGCAUGUUAUUCCUCAUGUCCCGUUCUGCCAAGAUAUCGCGCAUGUCCUAAGAGAGAGACAUAAUCAAUUCUAUAUCAGUAAUAACAAAGAUGUGUUAUUGAAUCAUGUUGACUGUUACUAUGUAAAAACUAUACAGAGAGGCUGUGUUUGUAGGGCUUAAUGUCCUAACCACAUAAAGAAGAAAAGAAACGUGUACUGUGUCCACUUUUAUCUGUUUCUAUCAGGUCAAUAAAAAUAUUGAAGCAAAGG